CCUAAAAGAGUCGACUCUUCCCUUACUAUCACUGCUCCAUAGAGGUGUGCUAGCAUGGCGAGGCGGAUAUGAACAGCUGAAAGGAAAAGGCAACAAACAGAUAAUAUUCACAUGGACUGAAGCACUAUAGCUACUCGGUGUAAGACUGUAAUUCUUCGUCAUGAUUCAGAAUAAUUUUAUUUGAAUGAAGACGGGCUAGGAGACCUCUGGGUUUGUUAGCAGAUUUCACAUGCCCUGUGUUCCAGCUCCCCACCAUGGAUGAAAGCAGCCUGGAGCAGGCCAUUGAGACCUACAGGGCUCAGCUUCAGCAGGUGGAGGCUGCACUGGCCUGCGGUCUCAGCUCCUCCGAUCAGGCAGACCUGCUCAAACUGAAAGAGGAUCUGGUCCAGCUCAUCUCGCUCACCGAGUCCAGCCUGGUGUCUGUCAAGAAGAGCCAACUGUUGGCGUCACUUGAGGAUACCACAGCGCAACAGACCGCGCCAGCCGCGACCCAGGAGGUCAACUUGGAAGAUGAGUUUACUGCCUUCUAUGCUGAGCUGUCCGAGGGUGCGAGUGAAGUAGCACAAGACCCUAAUCCAGAUGAGGAUGAAAAUGAGAAUGAGGAGGAAGAAGAAGACAUAAGUGGCACUAAAGUACGAGCUCCUUACCACAGUUCUUGGGGGACGCUUGAGUACCAUAAUGCUAUGGUGGUGUGUUCUGAGGAACCAGAUGGAGAAGAGGCUCGAGUUAGAGUGCUCUAUGUCCAUCCUACUCACAAGUCCAUGAAGCCCUGCAGUUUCUUCCUGGAAGGCAAGUGCCGCUUCAUGGACAGCUGCAGGUACUCUCAUGGGGAAGUGGUGUAUAUGUCUGAGCUGAGGGACUUUCUUGAAGCAGAUCUUUCAAACAUGCAGCAGGGGUCCUCCUGUUUAGCCAAGCAUGAGGAUGGCAUCUGGUAUCCUGCCAAAAUUACAGAAAUCAAGGGAGGCUUCUACACUGUGAAAUUUGACUCGUUGCUGCUGAAGGAAGCUGUCCUGGAGGCUGAUUGUCUUAUCCCUCCUUUGCGGCAGGACGAGAACUCGUCUUCUUCUUCUGAUUCGGAAGAUGAUUUUGAUCAGUGUGACGCAGGCUACGCCAAAGUUUUCAGUUCCAGUAAAGAGGAGGGAUCAGUCCCAGUGAACAGUGCGAGCGAAGAGUUCUGCGGCUGGGAGGCUCACACACGUGGAAUUGGUUCCAAGCUCUUGCUGAAGAUGGGCUAUGAGUUAGGAAAAGGUUUGGGGAAAACACUUUCAGGGCGUGUGGAGCCCGUGCAGGCCGUGGUGCUCCCGAAAGGCCGCUCGCUGGACCAGUGUGCUGAGUUUACACAGCGCAAGACUCAGGCUGCAACCGCCAAGAACAAUCCCGCCUCGAGCAAACGGAAAAUGAAGAGAAAGCGGACUUCCACCUCAACCCGGCCUGACGUUUUUGACUUUCUGAACUCUAAACUCGGAGAUUCCAGUUUGUCUGUUCCAGCUCCUUCCUGCUCCAUCAGUGGUGUGGAGGCGUACCAGGGAGGAAAGAGCACCAAGCGCUCACUUAAUGUUCAACUCUUUCAGACCACCGAGAGGAUGAGCCAGGUGGAGAGAGAAAUCCAGCGGCUCACUGAUUCUCUGAACAGGAGAAAUGGAAGGGAUGCUGCAGUUAUUAGUCAUGUGGAAGAGAAGCUCUCGGCAUCUCGUAAGCUGCUGCAGCAGCUGAAGGCUCAGGAGCAGUCUAUACAGAGAGCUCGGAAGAAAGCAGAUACGCAUAAGAAAAUGACUGAAUUUUGACACAUGCCUCCUUGCAUACAGGAGUGUAAAUAAUUACCUACAGCCUUUUUGUACUAAUGUUAUUAGAACUCAUGUUUAAGUUGAAAGCAGUGCUUAAUUUGGAACUUUGUUUUAACAGAACAACCUCUUGUAACAUUUUACAAAACUGUCUAAUGACCCAUUCAUGUAAUUUGUUCUUCUGUACUUUUAAAACAAAAGUUUGUUCUUAUGUUACACUUUUAUUUGAGAAUAUUUCCUAAUGUCUGUAAAUCCUUUUCACUACUCGGGAAAUCGAUAAGAGAAAAGACAAUAGAUGAAUCACUAGCAAUGCGUUUAAUUAAAUUUUUGAACCUG